CAUCCUCUUCAAGUGCCCCGUAUUGUUGAGAAUUGUACGCAGUAUCUCAUGGCAUAUGGUCUCAAGACGGUGGGACUUUUUCGGGUAGCUGGAAACGCAAAACGAUGCCGUCAACUGAGAAGCACCUUAGAAAAAGUAGGAGGUGGCACGGCCAUUAGUGAUGAUUUAGUCGAAAAUACCACAGCACACGAUGUGGCAACACUUCUGAAGGAGUACUUUCGAGACUUGCCGCAGUCGCUGCUGCCUAGAGAGCACUACCAAGCCUACAUAACCGCUGCUCGAUACUCCUUUGAAGAACGAAUUGAGGUGCUUCGACUUCUGAUUUCAUUGCUUGGACCACCAAACAUUGAUACGCUGUAUGUAUUGUUGAAAUUCCUUCAUGAAGUGUCGCUACAUUGUCAUGACCAAAUCGGCGCAGGUGAAGUAGAUGAGAUCGUGCAAGGCAAUCGAAUGGACGCUCGCAAUUUAGCAACAAUAUUUGCUCCAUCCAUACUUCGACCCGAUCACGGGAAAUUGCACGCGACUCUUGCUGAAAAUGAACAGCAGAUUGCUAUUGUGGAAACUAUGAUCACACAUGUGGAGGAAGUAUUUCGGAUCCCCAAAGAGCUACAAUGCAAGAUGUACAACAAGCUGCGCGACACGGAUCCUGACCGUCUUGAUCGUUUCCUAAAUCACAUGUCGAGGGCAGAUGGCAAUGAACAUCAAUUGACAUCACCUUUCCCAGCUACAGCUGAAGAAGUUCAGCGACCAGAAUGUCUUCUGUCUCCAAAGGGGCACACGACUGAUAAAGGUCAGCUGUAA